GCGCAAGCGUCAAGAGAUUGACUUUUGUAUGAGCCUGCAUUCAAACCCGGGCUCACACCACGGUUCAUCAAUCGUCUUCAGGAGAAAAUUGAAAAACCCUGCCUCAUUCUGCAUUUCUGCUUCAGGCUCUCUUCAUAAUCACAUUCGAGACAGUCUUUCCUUUUUCUCUGCCAUUCAUUUUCAGAAUAGCAUCCACACUCCUCGUCCGCUCUUCACUGUGGUGUGUGGCGUGUGGCCCAGCCGAGUCGGUACAAGACAAAUGCAAGAGGCUAGCCGAUGAACCAGGCCGGGUUCACAAGUUGACCCCUAACAUACCCAAGGGUCCGGCCGGUAGCUGCGAGCAAACAGCUCUCGCGUUCUUCUUUAUGGCGGACGAGCUUGGCUGAGGACAACGAAAUAAUCACGUCUCGGCUUUCUUUUCAACAAAACUGAAUCACCAACAUCUGGAUCAGGAUGCCACCUACCGUUAGCGUUAUUGUUCUGUUCGCUGUCGCUCUCCACCUUCACAAUGCUGAAGCUGAAGAGGGCAUGCAGCGGAGGGCAAAUGUAAGGUUCACGAAGGAUAGAUCGGACACUGCCUGGCCCCCAGCACCAGUCCUGGAUUCACGGUACAUCGCAUCAUCCACACACAGCACAGUGAUGUUGGAGCGAGCCUAUCUGGACCAACCGUACUGUGUUGUGGCUGACAGCCAGCACCGGCCUGACCAAAAGCAGCAACAUGGACCAAAUUUGUCCACAAACCCAAUGGAGGACGACACCCCAGCUCAUAAGGACGAAUUUGACCAAAAUGGAGCAGGAAUUCCACGAUGGGUGUGCGUAGUCACUGCAGACAAAUACCAUGAGGGAGGCAAUGGUGAGCAGAUUGUCAGUCUAUACAGUGAUGACUAUGGGAAAACCUGGUCCCAACCUGUGGAGCUAGAACCUAACAUCACUCUAGCCAAUGCAUAUGCUACCAUUGCCAUCACCAGCUACGGUCGUAUCUAUGCAAUGUAUAACUACAAUGCCGACAACGUCACACAUCUACCGGAUGGAAAAUCGCUUCCGCGCCAAGAUACACUUGGCCACUUUGUAAUGAAGUACUCAGACGACAGAGGUGCAACAUGGUCAAAGGCACGAUAUGAAAUACCUUACAGAGAGACAAGCAUUGAUGCAAACAAUACUUGGCAUGGCAAAGUGAAGCUCAUGUGGUCGGUAGAUCAAUGUAAAUAUUCCACCACAGGCAAUGGCAAAGCAACACUGUACUAUUCAUUCACCAAGAUUGGACAGUAUUCUUACAGCCCACCUGAAGAGGUGUGGUUCUUGGCUUCGGAGAACAUCAUGACAGAGAGGGAUGUAUCGAAAGUAACUUGGAAGCUGUUACCCGAUGGCGAUCAUGGUCUUCCUCCACCCGGUGGUAAUCCUAAUAUUGCUGAAGAGGGACAUAUCAUGCCCAUGCCAAAUGGUCUGUUCUACUCAGUUUUCAGAACAACACAGGGACUUCUGGCAGCUUGCUACACACCUGGACCUACAGCGGCAAAGUGGAAUGAUUGCAAUGACUAUUUCGCAGAAUACCAACGUUCCAUUACUGGCAAGGCCCAUUUCCUGAAGAAUCCACGUGGUCCUAUCACCAUGAAGCAGUUCAGUAAUGGACGCUAUCUACUUCUCUACUACAACAAUGGUAACACUGGCUUUACGUCGACACAUGCAACUGAUGCUAUGGACGAUGCUGCUCCUGUUGACAGGCGAGAUACACUAGCAGCUAGUACAGACAAUUCACGCAAUCCCUAUUGGCUGGCGUCCGGCAUUGCAUUAGAUGAUGGUAGAAUUCUCUGGUCGCAGCCAGAAAUCAUUAUCUACGACCGAGUACCAACCCGGCCAGGAUACCCAGAUUUCAUUGAGAUCCCAUCAACUGGUCAAAUAUUCAUCACCGAGACCCAGAAGACAACAGCAAGGUUGCAUGAGAUAAACAAGCUGCUUCUUUCAAAUCUUUGGGAGCAACACAACUCAACUGCGGUUGCAAGUGACUAUGCAGCCAAAUACGAGAAGUCAGAUUCCAAGAUAAUGCCUAUGGCAAGCCUGCCGACAUUUGGAAAUUACACACGUGAAGAUGACUACGUCCAGGGAUUCACUGUACUGCUCUGGCUAGAACCACUGCAAGCUACCAACACUCAGACACUACUGACAAGUUAUGAACAUGAUUAUCACAAGGGUCUCGGCAUAGUCUGGCAGAAUUCCACAAUCAACUUCACAACAAGUGAUAACUACGCCCUGGGAUCGUGUACAACAGACAGUGUCUGCUCCGCAAGACUGCAGUCGACGACAGAGAAAACACAUCAGUUGGCUGUGACCGUCGACAACGGGCCAUUCAUGAUAACAUUGGCUGUGGAUGGUGUGCUGUGUGACGGGGGACACGAUCGGGCUAGAGGUUCAUGCUGGAUGGACAAUCAGCUUCGUGAUGUGAAUGGCCUUGCCAAUGCUACAGUGGGGGACUCAGUGAUGGAGAUUCUUCUCUACAACCGCGCCUUGUUCAACAGCGAGGUGGUGGCAAACUACAAUAGCAAGCAAGGCUAAGACAGAGGUGUGAGCAUGCGAAGACACACUAGUACUCACAAAGAUGUCUUGCUUCCAAGCAUUACUUCACGGACAAAUUACAUAUUUAUCGCACUAGGAGUAUGGAAAAAUGAUACUUUUAGAAUUUCAUCAGGAAGUAUUCUGUCGGUCACACAAUCCUGGUGUUUUGGCACUCUUGUUCCGCGACCAUUCUCACAAUAAUACGUACCUGGUUUUCUUCCCUAUAUCGCAAUUUGUUCAUACAAACAUGAACGGAAUAGUUGGCUAUGUCCACUGUGACUGCAAGGACUAGGUGAACUUUGGCAUGGUCUUGCAGAUUGGCUGUAGCAAUGCAUGGCCAAUGAAAUACAAGAUUUUCCUUGGCAACGUAGUCAGGCUACUGUAGACCAGCAUGUGGACAGUUCUAUAAACAAUCGCCAUGCUGUGUCUGGAGCCAAGUUCGUACUUUGCUGACCAAUAUUGUGCACAACACAACACCGCAUGAUUUUUGUAUUUUUUCUUUGGAACGCCAUCACAAAUAAUUAUUUAUAGUUUUGAAUGAUUUGGAAUCAAUCUUUGCUUGCCUGGCAUGUCGCAUCGUGUUGUGUUGUACCUCUUGUUCGGACUUGAUAACAAAUUUCGAUGACUUA